AUGUACGUACAGAAGGGUGACUACCACAGGUACCUGGCAGAGUUUGCCACUGGCAACCAUAGAAAGGAGGCAGCAGAGAACAGUCUGGUGGCCUACAAAACCGCUACAGAUCUGGCCAUGUCGGAGCUGCCACCCACACACCCCAUCCGCCUCGGCCUCGCCCUCAACUUCUCUGUCUUCUACUAUGAGAUCCUCAACUCACCUGACCGCGCCUGCAGGUUGGCGAAGGCUGCGUUUGAUGACGCCAUUGCAGAGCUGGACACUCUGAGUGAAGAAAGCUACAAGGACUCCACACUUAUCAUGCAGUUGUUACGUGACAACCUGACACUAUGGACUUCAGAUAUGCAGGGGGAGGGUAAGAGACUCGCCAAGUGCUCCUUCAUCACUGCUUUUGUGUAUGAUACCGACUGCCUGAAUGUCGGGCAGAACUUCUCCCUGAGCGACGGCCAGUUCUCCCAGCAGCCUGCUGAGCCCCUUGUUGCCACAGACUUAACUGCAGGUGCCAGGAGAUGA